GGGAAGAGUCUGAUUAUGCAGAUGGCAAGGAUAGGGGAGGGUAAGAGCAUGUCAUUUAUGUUGCUAGCGUUUUGUUUGCCAAAAGAAGUGACAAUUGUAAUGGUGCUGUUAGUAGCAUUGCAAGAAGAUUUGCAUAGGCAGUGCAAGUCAUGCAAGAUUGAUUUACAUGUUUGGCAAAGCUAG